GUGCACAUAAUGUCGAUCGGAAAAAUUGUAGAUUUUGACAUUCAGACGGGCAACUGGACGGCUUACGUGGAGCGGUUAGAAAUGUAUUUUCUAGCAAAUAAUAUAAAAGACAAUGUGAAAUUACCAACAUUAAUAUCUGUAAUGGGGGAUAGUGCAUAUGAAUUGUUAUCGACACUUGCAAAUCCAAAAAAACCAUCGGAAUUAACAUAUAUCGAAGCAGUGGAGCUAUUGCGUCAUCACCUCCAACCGAAGCCAUCACCGUUGGCAGAACGGUACAAGUUUAGACAGCGGCGACAAACAGACAACGAAUCCAUCAGUGAUUAUGUAGCAGUUUUAAAGAAGUUAUGUAAAAAUUGUGAUUUUGGCAGCACACUGGAGGAUAAUAUAAGAGACCAAUUGGUAUGUGGUAUUCGAAGUGACGUUAUCAGACAACGAUUGUUUGCAGAGGAAAAAUUAAUUACCUACGAAAAAGCGGUGACGUUGGCAGGCUCGUUAGAAGCGGCGGAACGGGAUGCGUCCCUUGUCGAUUCAGGCAAAUACUCAUCAGAAUUAACCAAUAAUGCAGUCGGCGGGACCAGCGGGCUGCAUACCAUGGGAUCAUUCAUAAGCCAGCGCGGCGGUAAUAGGACACGACCGGCGACAACAAACGCAAGGCCAGGGGGCGGCAUGGUGCCCCGUAUUAUUGAUAUUUGCGGGUCAUGCGGAGGACGAGAUCACUUAGCAAAUAACUGCAAAUUUAUCAGUUAUGUCUGCAGUAAGUGCGGUACGACAGGCCAUUUGCGUCGAGUCUGUCCCAUGGAGAGGCUAACGUCUGGAAGUGGCGGAAGGGAACACCGACAACGUCAGCAACGCGGAAUUACAAGAGAUCGGCGUGGUUCACGAUAUAACAAUAUCGGCGCAGGUGGCGUGCGAAAUACGAAUUUUAUUGGAAAUGCCUGA